UCCUACGAUCUUUUAGACCAAUGAAGCAACGAGGCGUUUUAAAAAUUUUCCGUCCACCAUUUUAGGUUGGUUAAAUGACAACUGGCGAUUACGAGGUGAAGAAAUUCGUCUUUCAACAACCCGAAUUAAAUAACCAACAAGAAGACACUUCGUUGAAAGCUGCAGCAGGGGCCUGCGGGAGGAGCCAGAGCCCUCGCAGGGUCGAGCGAGAGAGAGAGAGCUGCCUCCGCUGGAUCCCGCGUCCCGCCGCCAGGAGUCUAAUGCUGGCAGAGGAUGAGUCCCGCGCUGGAGGCCAUGCAGCCGGGAGAACAGCAGAGCUGUUCCAGCGCCAGCAAGGGCGUCCUGCAGGGGGUCCUGCUUGAGCCAUUCGUGCACCAGGUGGGGGGCCACUCCUGCGUGCUCCGCUUCAGCGAGCAGACCAUCUGCAAGCCCCUCAUCCCCCGCGAGCACCAGUUCUACAAGAGCCUCCCGGCCGAGAUGAGGAAGUUCACCCCGCAGUACAGAGGCGUAGUGUCCGUCAGCUUCGAGGAGGAUGAGGAGGGGAACCUGUGCCUCAUCGCCUACCCCCUGCACAGCGAGCUGCCCGACAUGGAGAACGUGGACCCCGACAGCGAGCCCAAGAACAAGCUGCUCAAGCGGACCAACAAGAAGCCCUCCGCCCUGCUGCUGGACAACGACAACUACGGCAAGGAGCGGAGCAGGCACUCCCGCAAGGAGGACAAGAUCAAGAGUCAUAACCGUGAGGAGGAGCUGGACUGGCUGCAGCAGGCCGAGGUGCUGUACUACAGCCUGGAGAAGAGCAAUGCAGUGCCUCAGGUCAAGCACAACCCCUGGAGCCUCAAGUGUCACCAGCAGCACCUCCAGAGGAUGAAGGAGAACGCCAAACACCGCAACCAAUACAAAUUCAUCCUGCUGGAGAACCUGACGUGGCGGCACACGGUGCCGUGCGUGCUGGACCUGAAGAUGGGCACGCGGCAGCACGGGGACGACGCCACCGAGGAGAAGAAGGCCACGCAGAUCCGCAAGUGCCAGCAGAGCACCUCGGCCAGCAUCGGCGUGCGGCUGUGCGGCAUGCAGGUGUACCAGUCUGACUCCGGGAAGCUGAUGUUCAUGAAUAAGUACCACGGGCGCAAGCUGACGCUGCCGGGCUUCAAGGAGGCGCUCUUCCAGUUCUUCCACGACGGGCAGCGGCUGCGGCAGGAGCUGCUGUCCCCGGUGCUGCGGCGGCUCCGCGAAAUGCAGGCGGCGCUGGAGGGCUGCGAGUCCUACCGCUUCUACUCCAGCUCCCUGCUCAUCAUCUACGACGGCGAGGCCCCCCGCGCCCAGCGCCCCUGCCUCCGCGGCGGGGAGGAGGGCGAGGAGGACGACCUGUCCGAGGAGGACGAGGAGGAGGACGAGGAGGAGGACGAAGAGGCGGGCGCGUUCGGGUUCCCCUGCGGGGGCGCGUCGGGCGGGGGGGGCAGCGGCAGCAGCCCCGGCGGCGGGGUGAUCAGCCGGGCGUCCGGGCGGGAGGGGUGCCCCCUGGUGGACGUGCGCAUGAUCGACUUCGCCCACACCACCUGCCGGCACUACGGCGACGCCAGUGUGGUGCACGAGGGCCAGGACAGCGGCUACAUCUUCGGCCUGCAGAACCUCAUCACCAUUAUCUCCCAGCUGGAGGAGCACAGCGCCGACUAAGCCACACCCCCUGACUGACUGAUCUGCAGCAAGACCUGCCUCCCCCACACAUGCACCUCAGGCCACGCCUCCCCUGAUGGGGGGCGGGGCUUGAGCAGGACAGUGGAACUAAGCAGGUGAAGGGAGGGGAGAUGUUACUACUCCCACCGACCAAAAGGGACAGAACUAACUCAUGUUCUGCUAGUUCUUUGUUUUUUUGUUUGUUUUGUUAGUUUGCUUUUUUUUGGUGUUUUUGGUGUUUCUUCUUUGCUUUUUUUGUUUUGUGCGUGCGUGCGUGUGUGUAGAGGAAAAGUUGAAAUUUGUGAUCUUUUUCCCACUUUUGUUUACUUGACUAAAUGAUUCUUAGCCUCAUUUAUGUUCUUGCACUGUUUUUUUUUCAUUUUUAUAGAAUAAAAAACUUUAACGUACAAAGAACCUAAAAAAUGUGUAAAUAAAAACACAAUAAAGCAAUCAUGGAUUCCUAAUCUUCCCAGGUCCUUCUGAAACAGAAGGUUCUGUCAGACACCGCACAUCUAAACCACCAGCUUCGUGUGGCACACACACGCACACACACACACACACACACACUCACACGCACGCACAUGCACGCACCCAUAUCCACACACACACACACACACACACACAAAGUGUGCUGGGACUGAAACCAUUAAGAAGUGGGAAGAAUAGAGAGAGAGGAGACAACUGGAAAGGAGGAGAAUAAUGAAGAGAGGGAGCUGUGAUCGAAAGAGGGAAGCUCACUGUCUGUCUCCCUGAGUUCUGCCCUCCGUGUCCCCCUGUGGAAGAGGAUGGAGGGAUGAAGAGGAUAUUGGUCCGGAAUGAAAAAAUGGUUUGGGAGGGGGAGGGGUCAACAUCAGACUUUUUUGUUUGUUUGUUUUUGCUUUUUAUUUGUUGUCCCCGGUGACCCCUCCACCCCCCUCAUCAUUCCUGCAGUAGUCUCUCAGAGAGAAUAUGUUAAGAUAUAUUGUAGAAAUGCAGAGAAUAUAGAUCUUUAUUUGGACUAUUUCAUAAAAUUUUCAUAAAUUAAGCAAGAACUGAAAAACUGUAAGGUGGAUGACGUCUACAUUCCAUAUUAUUAAUGGUAUAAUAAUAUUAAUGACUAUUGUUAUUUGAUGGAUUCAGAUACCUCUACCUUAUAUACAUGUGUGUCCACAGUAUGUCGGAGAAUAAAUAAAGACCUUUUUGUUUGUGUUCAA